GUAUGUUGCAGUUGAGGUGUUUUCACAACAUUAAAUCUCCACCAUAAACUCCAUUGUACUCUAAAUUUUCCCUUUUCAACUAUAUAAGCCAAGCAACCCAACCAAAUAAUUGCCAAGCCCAACAAAUGGCCCUCUUAGCACCACCACCGUCCAAGUCUAAGCCUUACCCAUUUUCGCCGCUUCCUCAACCUAUUCCUAGGCCGGCGAGAAGCUUCUCCCCUGCUCAACCAACAAAGAAUGCAAAUACCCUAUCAUAUAAGACAACAAAAACAAGCGUACUUAAUAAGUGGAAUGGCUAUAGACUGGAAGGAAAAGUUAGGAUUAGCAGAAGAGUAAUGCCAAUUGUGAAUGCAGCGUCGACGUCGGUAUCAGAAAAUGGAAAAGAAUCAAACUUUAACAGAAUUCUGUUUUCUGAUGUAGUGGUGAAGCGGCCUAGGAAUGUACUUUUUGGUAGGCAGUGGAAUUCAGUGGAUAUGGGCUCAGCUGCUGUGGUUGUGGCUAUGCAUUUGCUCUGUCUACUUGCACCCUUUAACUUCAAUUGGGCUGCUGUUGGAAUUGCAUUUGGCUUAUAUGUAAUAACUGGACUUUUGGGUAUUACUCUUUCUUUUCACAGAAACUUGUCUCAUAGAAGUUUCAAACUUCCCAAAUGGCUAGAAUACUUUUUUGCCUAUUGUGGUGUCCAAGCACUUCAGGGAAAUCCAAUUGAUUGGGUGAGUACUCAUAGGUACCACCAUCAGUUUUGUGAUUCUGAUAAAGAUCCUCACAGUCCAAUUGAAGGAUUUUGGUUCAGUCAUAUGAGUUGGAUGUUCGAUACUGACACCAUUAUUGAGAGGACAGGAAAACCCAACAAUGUGGGGGAUUUGGAGAAGCAGCCCUUCUAUCAGUUUGUUCGUGACACUUACGUUUUCCAUCCGGUCGCACUUGCAGCUCUGUUAUAUGCAAUGGGAGGAUUUCCUUAUAUUGUUUGGGCCAUGGGGGUGAGAAUUGUGUGGGUAUACCACAUAACUUGGCUGGUAAAUUCAGCAUGCCAUGUAUGGGGUAAACAGGCGUGGAAUACUGGUGACCUUUCAAGGAACAACUGGUGGGUGGCGUUACUUGCAUUUGGAGAAGGUUGGCACAACAACCACCACGCGUUUGAGUAUUCGGCUAGGCACGGCUUAGAAUGGUGGCAACUUGACAUGACUUGGUAUGUAGUAAGGUUUCUUCAAGCUAUUGGAUUGGCCACUGAUGUCAAGUUGCCAACUGACACUCAUAAACAGAGGCUGGCUUUAGCUGACAGUUAGGACAAAAUACAGUCAAUGUGUAUCACAGGAAAUUGUGAUUUUUCAGUGACUUGUUGCCUACUAAUGUAACUAAGGUAAGUAUACAUUGAGCACACGGGUGAAGCUUCUUUCUUCUACUCCUCGUUUUGUAACAACUUCGAAUGAAAACCACAUUUGCGCUCAAUUUGCCAGCA